UACAAAAUGGAGUAAAAUAAAAAAGAAGAAUUUGUCAAAUUUGAUAGAAAAAUGGAGUUGUUUCGCACAAAUGAUUUUUAUAUAUUUGUUAACAGUGAAUAUUCUCUUUGGUGGGAUCGUCAUACAGGUGCUUUUAUUCCAAAAACAGGAUGGGAUUUAACUGACGCUGACGAUCCCGUAUGUCUAGGAAUAUGUGACGGAAUUAUAGGUACAGUAGAACACUGUCCUUUAUUCGAUACACGAUUAUUACUUAUAAAAGAAAGUCUUCCAGUAGGAAAAUUACACGGGAAUAAUACGGUUUUUAAAAUAAAAACUGUCGUUUUUUUACCUUUAAGUACGGAAAACGUCGAUAUUAAUCUUUUACCUUGUCCCAAACAUAAAACUAUUGAGCCUAAACAAAAUUUAUUAUUCGAUAUACAAAAAAAUAGCGCGUUUACAAAAACUUGGGGUACUUUAAAAAAUGCUGGUAAUACUUUGAAAUAUACGACGCAACAAGCGGCGGCUUUAGCCACGUCGGGUAUACAAAAGAAUUUUAAGGAAAAAGAGAGAUUUGAAAAACAGAUUAUCGACGAAUUUUAUAAAAUAUUUAACGAUACUAAUUCGUUUUAUUACUCUCGCACGACGGAUAUUACUAAUUCGUUACAGAGGUUAUGUAAUUUGGAAAAACAAAGUAAUAAUUCGGGAUCCACGUGGAAAAAUGUCGAUAAAAGGUUUUUCUGGAACGAUUAUAUGUUGAAAGACUUCAUACAACCCGAGAAUCCUUUAUUUGAUCCUUGGAUAUUACCAAUUAUUCAAGGAUAUAUUCAAAUAGAGGACUGUAAGGUACAAAUGGAUAGGGAUUUGGUUGAAACAAAAGAAAAUCGUUACGAUACGUUCACUUUAUGUAUUAUAUCGAGACGGAGUAAAUACAGGGCCGGCACAAGAUAUAAACGUAGGGGAGUCGACGACGACGGCGAAGUAGCAAAUUACGUCGAAACCGAACAAAUAAUUUCUUAUCAAACUCACGAGGUGUCGUUUGUUCAAGUUAGAGGCUCCGUACCUAUUUAUUGGUCCCAAUUGGGGUAUAAAUAUCGACCGCCGCCUCGGAUCGAUAAAGGGGAAGCCGAAACUCGUAUAGCCUUCGAGAAGCAUUUCACGAAGGAAAUUCACGCUUACGGCCCGAUUUGCGUCGUUAAUUUGAUCGAUCAAAUUGGUAAAGAAAAAGUUAUUUUCGACGCUUAUUCUAAUCACGUGUUUAACUACAACAGUCCUUUCGUUACGUACGCCACGUUCGAUUUCCACGAGUAUUGUAGGGGGAUGCAUUUUGAAAACGUUUCAAUACUCAUAAACGCCCUCGGUGAUAUUUUACGCGACAUGAAUUAUUGUUGGAGGGAUAGUCAAGGUCAUAUUUGUUCGCAAAACGGCGUCUUCAGGGUGAAUUGCAUCGAUUGCUUGGAUAGAACUAACGUUGUUCAGACGGCGAUUGGUAAGGCAGUAAUGGAAAUCCAGUUCUGCAAAUUGGGUUUAAUAUCGCCCGAAGGUGUUAUUCCGAAUAGCAUCAAGAAUACGUUUCAAUUGUUAUGGGCGAAUAACGGUGACACCAUAAGCAAACAAUAUGCCGGAACGAACGCGUUAAAGGGGGAUUAUACCAGGACGGGAGAAAGGAAAUUUACGGGAAUUAUGAAGGACGGAAUGAAUUCCGCUAACAGAUAUUACAAAAACCACUUCAAAGACACUGUACGUCAAUAUUGUUUAGAUCUAAUGCGAGGCGUCGAAUUGAAAGAAGUUGAAAUUCAAGAUUUUUGGUUUAAUUUACGUAAAAUUGGUGGUAUUGCUAACGAGAUCCUGCCGAACGAAACGCCUUCGGUUGCACCCCAUUUAGCGCUUCAACCGGAAUUCGAAUUAGCUAAUGCCCUCUAUCAUAUAUUUAGAUAUUAUCUCAGUAGAUUUAAGGAUACGACUAGACAAGCUACAAUAGAUUUAAUGUUGGGUAAUUACGUACCGGAAGACAUAUUCAAUGAAACCAAAGCAUCCCAAUACGAAGAAGACAAUUUCAUUACAGCCGAACACGUAAAACUUCUCAUAGAAGAUUGUAAGAAGAUGUUGAUAAAUCAACCGGAAGAGGUAGUCGGCGCAUGGGGCCUAAUAAAUGCCGAUCCGUUCACUGGCGAUCCCAACGAAACCGAAAUGGACUCCAUAUUGAUACUAACUCGCGAUUAUUAUUUCGUUGCCGAUUACGACGAUCAAGUCGAUAAAGUUACCAAUUAUCAGAAGGUGAUGUUGAGAGAUGUGGUUUUAUUGGAAUUCGGUAUGGCCGAAUCGAAUGUUUCUUUAUUUAAAUCUUCGAAACACAGGUAUUGCAUCAGGAUAAAUUAUAAGGUGCAAGGUGGUAGCGGGUAUUAUCACAUGUUUAGAUCGACGAGUUUUAGAUUUUUCAAUAAUAUGGCCGUUGUUAUUAAAAAUUUGGAAGAGGAAAUCGAAUCCUUGAAGUCGAUUUGCGAAGGAUUCCUUGUGGCGAUGGAAAUUUGCGGAUUACCCCUAAUUCCAUUCGUUCAAGGGCAAGCGUUGGAUAGACGAAAAUCGAAAGUUAUUAGCAGCGGUAGGUCUUAUACUAACAUCUACUUAGAUAUAACUUUACCACAAAUGACUCGAAAUGUUUCCGAAAGUCAAUUGUUAUCUUUAAAGAACGUCGGAUCCAAGGCGAUAUCUAACGUCACCGAACAAUUUUCCAAACUCAAUAAAAUCGGCAACAGUUUCAAAACGAGCAAAUUCAAACCGAAACCGAAAUUUGUCGUCGGGCAAAAGCCGAAAAACGAAACUUCCAGUGAUUCGGACGAAGAAUACGAAACUUCCAUCUUCCAACCAGACAUACAAACUGGUAUUUUACCUCACGCCGUAGAUUCAUCUACAAACAGAACUAUCGAACAAGGUUUGGAAAUGACCGAAGAUAUAAUCGAUUUACCUCAAAAAGUUGAUACGUUUUUACCGAGCGUAGGAAUAGUCAUGGGCAAAAAAACCGAUCCGGCGAACCUGUUGGAACAACGACGGAAUUUAUUGAGUCGAGCGGGUUCCUCCCAUAUGGACGAUAUUCAAUUAUCUAGUAUAAUGCAGAGCGUUUCCAUCAGUUCCGGUUUGAAUCCGACGCCGGAAAUUCGAAUUAAUUCAGAAAAUACGUCUGAUUAUUGUAACAAAAAUUCCAAUUUGGAUAAAAAGCUCAGUAAAUCGUCUUUGGAAUUUAAUGACAUUAAAGACAAGGUAGAGUACAAGCAGAUCGAUAGAUCCACAUCGGAUUACGAUGUUCAAUUGAACAUAACGCAGUCCCAGAGUGAAUCAGCUCUAAAGAAAUUGAACGUGACUUCUCUAGAGACCACCAAAGAUCUGGUAUUAUCGCCGUUGAGUAAAUUGGCUAAGGGCGUUCAAAACAUCGGAGCAAAUUUUGAUCCUCGAAAAUUCAGCGGGCAAGUUCGGCACGUUUCCGAAAAGGAAAUGGAGGAGCAUAAGAAGUUGCAACAACGUUGGCAGAAUAGUAAAACUAGAUUGAUAGCGCUUUAGAUCGAUUGUCAUCACUUUAAAAAAAAUUUUUUUUUUUCAAUACUCUAGAUCAGUAUUAUUUGAAAUUUUCUAUUUCCGUGAUGGCAAUUUCGUAAAUUGGGUCGAAUUCUCAAAAAAAAAAGAAUAGUGAUAUUCAAAUAUUAUUAUAUAUUACGUACUUAAUUUUUUUUUUAUCAAUUUUUGCGAAAAAUUAGAAUUAAAAUACUGGAAAAAAGUAAAAUGUGUCCCCCGAGGACCAAAACAUGUUGGUAUAUUUAAAAAAAUACGAAAAUAUAAUAUUUAUUACUCCUUCUGGGACAUUCUGUAGUUUCUUAGUUAGUUCAUUGACUUAUUAUGCUUUAUUAUGUUAUUUGAUGUUCUUUAAAUCUUUUAGUCGCUGUGCUCGUAGUUUGUCCUAUAUAUACAAACGUCUUAGAUGAAGUUUGACAUAAAUUUUUCUAAAAAUUUGAACUUUUUCUUGUAUUUUUCUUCUAAAUUUCAUUGUAUUCUGUGAUUUAUUGUUGAAUUAAUCGUAAAUUUACAUUGAAAAAAUGAUUCCGACUUUACAAGAAAUUUAUUUAUAGCUUGAAUUGAAUUUUUAAAUAUUUAUUGAAUUAGUUGAAUUUUUUAAAUGAAUUUGUUUAAAUGAAUAUAGCAGUUACCAGUGUAAGUGAUACAAUAUUAGUAAAAAAUCAUUUGCUUAUAAAGCAUACAUCUAGUUCGAUGAAACGGCCGAAUACAAAAUUAACUUUCAUCAUUCUAUUGAAAAAUACGUUCAACUUCUGAGAUAUCCCAUUGACUGCGCCAAUUUGGAGUUAUCCUAUUGACUGCGCCAUAUCGUGAAAAUCCUAUUGGCUGCGCCAAUUUGGAGUUAUCCUAUUGACUGCGCCAUAUCGUGAAAAUCCUAUUGGCUGCGCCAAUUUGGAGUUAGCCUAUUGACUGCGCCAUAUCGUAAAAAGCCUGUUGACUGCCCUAUAUCGAAAAAUUUCCAUCGAUUUCGUCUUGGUUAAUUUAUUCUAUGUAAUGCGUCAUAUCGACAAUACAAAAUUAACUUUCAUCAUUCUAUUGAAAAAUACGUUCAACUUCUGAGAUAUUCCAUUGACUGCGCCAAUUUGGAGUUAUCCUAUUGACUGCGCCAUAUCGUGAAAAUCCUAUUGGCUGCGCCAAUUUGGAGUUAUCCUAUUGACUGCGCCAUAUCGUAAAAAGCCUGUUGACUGCCCUAUAUCGAAAAAUUUCCAUCGAUUUCGUCUUGGUUAAUUUAUUCUAUGUAAUGCGUCAUGUCGACAAUACAAAAUUAACUUUCAUCAUUCUAUUGAAAAAUACGUUCAACUUCUGAGAUAUUCCAUUGACUGCGCCAAUUUGGAGUUAUCCUAUUAACUGCGCCAUAUCGUGAAAAUCCUAUUGGCUGCGCCAAUUUGGAGUUAGCCUAUUGACUGCGCCAUAUCGUAAAAAGCCUGUUGACUGCCCUAUAUCGAAAAAUUUCCAUCGAUUUCGUCUUGGUUAAUUUAUUCUAUGUAAUGCGUCAUGUCGACAAUACAAAAUUAACUUUCAUCAUUCUAUUGAAAAAUACGUUCAACUUCUGAGAUAUUCCAUUGACUGCGCCAAUUUGGAGUUAUCCUAUUAACUGCGCCAUAUCGUGAAAAUCCUAUUGGCUGCGCCAAUUUGGAGUUAGCCUAUUGACUGCGCCAUAUCGUAAAAAGCCUGUUGACUGCCCUAUAUCGAAAAAUUUCCAUCGAUUUCGUCUUGGUUAAUUUAUUCUAUGUAAUGCGUCAUGUCGACAAUACAAAAUUAACUUUCAUCAUUCUAUUGAAAAAUACGUUCAACUUCUGAGAUAUUCCAUUGACUGCGCCAAUUUGGAGUUAUCCUAUUGACUGCGCCAUAUCGUGAAAAUCCUAUUGGCUGCGCCAAUUUGGAGUUAUCCUAUUGACUGCGCCAUAUCGUGAAAAUCCUAUUAGCUGCGCCAAUUUGGAGUUAGCCUAUUGACUGCGCCAUAUCGUAAAAAGCCUGUUGACUGCCCUAUAUCGAAAAAUUUCCAUCGAUUUCGUCUUGGUUAAUUUAUUCUAUGUAAUGCGUCAUGUCGACAAGAUCCUAAUGACUGCGCCAUAAAAAGACUGCUUCAUGAUAUUUUUAUCAUACCGAUUCCUCAACUCGAAAAUAUCCCGUAGACUGCGCCACAUCAAAUACAUAUCAUUUACUCCGCUCAAUCUGAAAUAUCCUAUUGAUUGCGCCAUUUAAAAUUUAUCCUAUUGACUGCGCCAUUUAAAAUUUAUCCUAUUGACUGCGCCAUUUAAAAUUUAUCCUGUUGACUGCGCCGUUUAUCAUUGUCUUAUUAACUGCUUUGGCUUGAUGAUUGAGUUGUUUGUUAGGAACGUGUUUUUUAAUAUAGUAUUUUAUGAAAAAUAGGGAACAAAAGUACGACUGAAAAAUGUAGAACUUCCAUUUUUGGGUAUUUAGCUGUUUCAUGGUUGUUUCGACUUUUGCUUUAUUGAUUUUUUAGUGUUUUAGCUAAAAAUUAGGACUAGAUAGUAUGGUUCCAUUUCAUAAUGGAUUUUUAGUCGCGGCGUGGUUUUUUAAUACAAAUAUAUUUCAAUGAAUAUUUUUGGAAAUUUUAAUUCAACAAAUAUAUAAAAUUUUACGAUUUUUUACAUAUUUAUCAAAUUUGUUUUCAAAAAACCCGGUAUACAUUAUUAAUAUUUCGAAUUUCAUAAAAAUAUUCAUUGAAAUUUGAGGUUAUUAGAAAAUUAGUGGAAAAAAAAUGUAACGCGUCAAUUAUUAAGAUACACAAUAAAGCAAAAUGCAAUUGAAA